AUGCACAUUCUUCUGUCCUUAUCAUCAGAUCAAGAGUCUUUAGCCAUUUACCAGCUGCAUUUGUGUCGUGACGAUGAGUCGGUCUUGCGAGCAUGGGAGGUGCAUUAUCGCCCCUGUUCUGUGCUCUCGUGCCUGAAUGAUUUCAUGCAAGCGGAGCUUUUGGAUGACGAGAUUUUAUGUAAGCCAUGCAACGAAAAAUGUCCAACAACAAAGUCCUUGGCAAUUUGGCGUUUGCCAAAAAUAUUGAUAAUACAUUUCAAAAGGUUCGUUUGUGUGAAAGAGGAGCGUCGUUGGGUGAAAUCGUGCAAAGUUGUGGAUUUUCCACUCGAAAAUUUGGAUCUUCGAGAAUGGUUGCGUGAUCGUGACACCAAAGUACAGACAAAAUACAACUGUUUUGCAAUCGCAAAUCACUACGGUGCUAUGGCUUCCGGGCACUACGUUGCUUACGCGAAAAACGGCGAGCAGUGGUACAGCUUCAAUGACAGUCGAUGUCAGGUACUCGUUAGCGCUUCUGUCUAG